AUGUCUGCAUCAUUAUUGUCAGACCAAGUAUAUAAAGAUGCUUUGAUAGAUUUUGAUUCAUACUCACGUCCUGACCCAGAAAUAGAUGCAAGUGUAACAAAAAACAAUGUAAAUAAUGCUUUAACGAAAUUACCAAAUUAUACAGCAUCAAGAAUGGAGUUUAAAGUACCACAACCAUCACAACCAAUAACGGUCGCAGGAUCAAACAAUUCAAAAAUUCCAUCAUUAAGUGAUAUCAAUUUUAGACUUCUACAGACAAAAUUGGCAAUCAAUGAAGAAAAAUAUAAAUUAAAAACAGUUAAAAAUAAAAUACAAAAGAAUGAUCGUCCCUUAUAUUAUCAACCACCAAGUUCAAGUGUUAAAAACAUAUAUAAUGAAAUAAAAGAUUGUUUACCACCAAAUAUAGACUUUGAUGAGUAUAAGAAACCAUCAUCCACUACAAAAUUUAAAAUUCCAAAGUUAUACAAUUAUGAAACCACCCAAAAAACACAUGAUUAUAAUGAUGUUAUACAAAGUAUUAAAAAUGAAUUGGAAAAUGAUGAUUUGACUGCUUAUAGCCCUCAAUAUGAUAACCCAACUGAUGAUUGGGUAAGCCCAGUUGUUAAAGAAGCCAUUGCAAGACAAAUUGAUCUUGAAUAUUACAUGAAAGUUUUUAUAAGAAAUAUACUAUAUUUGUUAAUAAUACUAUUGUUUAAAUCAUUGAUCAAAAAAGUGUUAGUUCUUUAUGAGUUAAAAUUAAAGAGUCAACCAUUGUAUAUGCAAAUGAUGAAAAGCAAUGUUGGUGCAAAAACAAGUUUGAGUGAUUCUUCCUUGGUGGAUAACUUUUAUUUUAUACUAAUUGGUAGAUUGAUAUGUUUACCUUCAAUAAUCAACAUCUUAUAUUCCUGUAUUACACUAGUGAAAGGGCAAGAUCAGUGUUGGGAUUUACCAUUGAGCACAAAGCAAAGAAAAUUGAUUGGUUUAAACUACAAAGAUAAGCAUGAUGGAUCAAUUGAUAUCGAUGAAGAAGCAGAAUUAACAUUAAAACAAAGAAGAUAUGAUUCUGAUCACAUUAUUCCUUAUAAACCCAUACCAAAGUACAACAAAGUUGGCGACUAUACAAAUUUUAAAAUAGGAACACCCAUAAUAGGUAAUGGAAAUCAACAAUCUAUGUAUUCAGCAAGAAAACUGAUUACUGAUUUAGAUUAUAGUAAGUCAGUUUUAAAUAGACAAUUUUUACAAAAUAAUCAACAAACUCAUCUUCGACAAAGACAAAAUAUAGCUAAUGAAAAUAAAGCAAGUGAUUCUUUGAGUUCAUCUACAUCAACAUUAUCAUCCUCAUCAAGAUAUUCUUUAAAUAAUAUUGCAAAAGCUCAUACUGAAUUUUUCAAGAAAUUAUGA